UAUACGGACGUGUUCAGAUUGUUAGAACAUUUCUUCAGUUUAAGUUUUGAUACUGGUUUGCAUACAAGUAGGCCUAGUCGCCGGUGUUCAUGAAGCGUCGCUUCUCGGGAUUCAGGGAGCUUUAGCACUUUUAGCACUGCAGUUGCGAUGGCAGCAUGGAACUCUUUGCUUGAGACCAUGACCACUGAAGGUCCUGAGAAAUCGGGCGAGGAGGGCGCCGGAGCCGCGAGUGGAGCGACAGGCAGCGCGAACACGGGUACCCGAUUUGACCUAGAGAAAGAGACUGAACUUCGGUUCGAGGUUGAGGCAGGUGAACGAGUCCAGCUGGAACUUCUCUCUGGAUUAGCCGAAAUAUUUGGCUCUGAACUCAAUAGGAACAAGAAAUACAUGUUUGGUCCAGGCUCGAAAAUCGCUGUGUUCACUUGGCAGGGCUGUAGUGUAUCCCUCUCGGGGAAGACUGAGGUUGCCUAUAUUUCCAGAGACACCCCGAUGCUUCUGUAUCUUAACACCCAUGCUGCAUUGGAACAGAUGAGGCAACAAGCAGAGCGCGACAAUGAGAGAGGCCCACGAGUCAUGGUGGUUGGUCCCACAGAUGUCGGGAAAUCAACAGUAUGUCGUCUGUUGCUGAACUAUGCAGUAAGACUUGGCAGAAGACCAACCUUAGUAGAGCUGGAUGUGGGCCAAAGUGGUGUGUCUGUGCCAGGAACGAUGUCAGCUCUGUGCAUUGAGCGCCCAGCUGAUGUGGAAGAAGGCUUCUCAGUCCAGGCUCCUCUGGUCUAUCACUUUGGUUCCACAACCCCUGGAACUAACAUCAAACUCUAUAAUAAGCUGACAUCCACCCUGGCUGAGGUGUUCUCCCAGCGCUGUGAGGUCAACCGGAAGGCUAGUGUGGGCGGCUGCAUUAUCAACACCUGUGGCUGGGUGAAGGGCUCAGGCUAUCAGGCACUGGUGCAUUGUGCUUCGGCCUUUCAGGUGGACGUGGUGCUGGUGCUGGACCAGGAGCGGUUGUACAACGAACUGAAGCGUGAUCUGCCCCACUUUGUGCGUGUGGUGUUGCUCCCCAAGUCUGGUGGUGUGGUGGAGCGCUCCAAGGACUGCCGACGAGAGUCACGCGACGAGAAGAUCCGUGAGUAUUUCUACGGCUUCCGUGGUACCUCGUUCUACCCGCACGCUUUCGAUGUACGCUUCUCAGACGUGCGCAUCUACAAGAUCGGUGCACCGUCCAUCCCGGACUCAUGCCUGCCAUUGGGGAUGUCUCAGGAUGACACACAGCUCAAGCUGGUCCCAGUGAGUCCAGGCCGUGACCUGACACACCAUGUCCUGAGCGUGAGCUGCGCUGAGGACGACACAGGAGACGGGACCUCAGCAAGGGGCCGUGGGGUGCUGGAGAGUCCUGUGUGUGGCUUCAUCGUGGUGACUGCAGUAGACACACAGGCUCAAGUGAUGACUGUUCUUUCACCUGCACCUAGACCCCUGCCUAGGCACACACUACUGAUAAUGGACAUUCGCUUUAUCGACCUGAAGUAGAAACAAAUAGAAAAGGGAUGUCCACUAUGGAGCAGGUGGAAAAGAUUAAUACCCAUAUUGGGACUUAAGAUAUGAAUUUAAAAUGCUUAAGUCAAGCAAUCCUUCAUUUCUGUUAAAUACUUCAUGUCAUGUGUGAUGGGUUGUCAUGCUCUUUGAUUUGCAUAAAACAUUUGUACAGUA